AACAGUGACGGGAACGUGCUUGCUGUGUUGUGAUACAACCUAGACAGACAAGCAAGUGAUGUACCUCACGAUUUGGUCAACGAAGAAUAUAACAUCAUAGUACAGUCUUUAUUCAGUUACAGAAAUUUUGUUGUAGAAUUCUCUUAUAUAAACGAUAAAUGGUACGAUGGAAAAUUUAGAAUUGAGCUUGACAUCACUGGGUACCAUAUCCAGACAUAUUGACAAAAGUCACAACGAACUCAGCAAAUAUUUAGCAAAACAGAUAUGGAGCCAGCAGGACAGACAGAGUAUCCUGACUUGUUUGGCUCGAUUGCUGUUGGAAAAAGACUACACACUGUUGCUCGCCCGUCACCUCCGACCCCUGAUCCUGGACCUGCUGGAGAGGAAUGCAGAGAGGAUCAAGGCCGAUGGCCGGAUCAACCAUGAUCUCCAUGAGCGUCUGUGUGUAGCGCUCAGCAAACUCCUUGGCGUCAGUCCUGAUGCGCAUGCGUUUGCUGCGAGGUACUUCAACGAUGCCCCUCCGGUGUUCCAGAGGCUCUUCUUCACCAGCGAAGAGUCGUCCUCCGUUCAGUAUGGCCCCAGAAGGAUGAAACUGCGGGACCUGAUGGGUGCCACUCUCCGCUUCCUCCAGAGUGACUGUGCCAAGUUCCGAGUCCUCUGGGACUGGAGUGCUUGCGUGUCCCAGCUACUCACCAGUGACGUCAUGGUUCGAGGAUACACAGCUCAGUGUCUGGCCCUGGUUUCUCGCAUGACGGACAAUCAGAAAACCAUAUUUUUGAGGAAGGUGCUGUCCAGUGAGGAGAUUCUGCACAUGAAGAUAAAGUCACUGGAGGAAACUCAGCAGAUGGAGGUGGAGAAGGCCCUGGCACUUGCUAACCAGGGCACUGUGAUGUGGCGCCAGGAGAAGGGGAAUAAGUUCACCCGGGGCCAGGUGGUGUCAGAGGACCUGUCUCGGACCGUGGUGGCUGUGUGUGGCGUGGUGUUGCCAAAGAUCACAGCUAAACACACGGAGCAGGACAACCUUAAGGAUCUGGUGCUAGUGGACUCAACCUGUCGCAACCUACGGAGACUAGCCAUGGCCGUGGCAUCCCAGAAGGCUGUUCUUUUGGAAGGGCCUAUUGGAUGCGGCAAAACAGCCCUGGUGGAAUUCUUGGCCGCUGCGACGGGACAUACCAAAACGCCAGAGAUUCUCAAAGUCCAACUUGGGGAUCAAACGGACAGCAAGAUGUUACUUGGGAUGUAUCGCUGUACUGAUGUCCCUGGCAAGUUUGUGUGGCAGCCGGGCACUCUGACUCAAGCUGUCUCCAAAGGCCGUUGGAUCCUAUUGGAGGACAUAGACCACGCUCCUCUGGAUGUGAUAUCUGUCCUUCUUCCCCUGAUGGAGAAUAAAAAGCUAAUGAUCCCAGGACGGGAGGACUGCAUUGAAGUUGCCCCUGGCUUUCAAUUCUUUGCCACUAGAAGGAUGUUCCACAGUGCAGGGGGUUGGUAUAGACCACAGAACACCCACGCCACUCUACUGGACAAGUACUGGACCAAACUGCAAAUGGGUAACAUGACACGUGACGAACUGAAGAAGGUGCUGGUGAACCGGUACCCUAACCUGGCGGUGGUGGCGGAGCGUCUCCUGGACAUCUACUGCCAGCUGACGGGAGAGCGACACGCCGAUCCGGUGGCCUCGGGCCACACGGACGCUUCACAAGCCCCAGAGGUGUCCCAUCACAGGCCGGAGGACAAGACCUCGUCCCUGGAGGGGAGGGCACUGUCGCUGAGGGACCUGCUGAAAUGGUGCGAGAGGAUCAGCAGUAACUUUGACGGGAGCUCGGCUGCCACUGCCCAACGUGUCUUCCUGGAGGCCCUAGAUUGCUUCACGGCCAUGGUGUCCCGACCCGAGAGCAGGCUGCGCAUGGCGGAGGUCAUCGGGAGCAAACUGAACCUCUCCAAGGAAAAGGCCGCGCAUUUCUGCCAGAUGUACCAGCCUGGCAUCUCGGUGACGGACCUGGAGGCCUCGGUGGGCAGAGCCACUCUGGAACGAAAGCAGAAUGAGGUGGUCCGAAUCUGCAACGAGAAGCAGACAUUCGCUGCCACGCGUCCCUCUGCUGUGCUUCUGGAACAGCUAGCGGUGUGUGUCACCAAGGGGGAGCCCAUCCUCCUGGUUGGGGAGACCGGAACGGGCAAGACAUCCACUGUACAAUACCUGGCAGGACUGACCGGACACCGGUUACGGGUGGUCAACAUGAACCAGCAGAGUGAUACGGCUGACCUUCUAGGAGGGUAUAAACCGGUUGACCACAAGCUGAUCCUGCUGCCCCUGCGUGAGGCCUUCGAGGACCUGUUCUCCCAGACGUACUCGCGCAAGCAGAACCUGACCUUCCUGGGUCACGUGCAGACCUGCUUCCGGGGAAAGCGCUGGCAGGACCUGCUCAAGCUCAUGGACCAUGUGUGCAAGUCAGCACUUGGCAAGUCCGAGCUGCAGGAGAAAAGCAAUGCUGCCUUGCUCCAGGACCAGUGGGAGGCACUGGCCGGGAGACUGGCUCAGACCCAGCAGCAAAUCAGAGCCUGUGAGACGGCGCUGGUCUUUGCCUUUGUGGAGGGGACGCUGGCUCAGGCGGUGAAGAAGGGAGAAUGGAUACUGCUGGAUGAGAUGAACCUGGCUGCACCGGAGACGCUGGAGUGCCUGAGUGGCCUCCUGGAGGGCACCGCCGGCUCCCUGGUGCUCCUGGACCGUGGAGACACUGAGCCCCUGGUUCGCCAUUCCGACUUCCGUCUCUUUGCCUGCAUGAACCCAGCGACUGAUGUGGGGAAGAGGAAUCUGCCGCUGGGCAUCAGGAACAGGUUCACAGAGCUGUAUGUGGAGGAGCUGGAGAAUGAAGGAGACCUGCGCAUCCUGGUCUCUGACUACCUGAAAGGCCUGAACCCCAAUAAAAAUGUGAUCAGCGGGAUUAUAAGCUUCUACCUGGCGGUGCGUAAGGAGGCUACCUCCAAACUGGUGGACGGGACGGGACACCACCCGCACUACAGCCUCCGUACCCUCUGCCGGGCGCUGAAGUACGUGGCUGCCAACCCCUGCUACAGUGUCCAGCGCUCGCUCUAUGAGGGCUUCUGUCUGAGCUUCCUAACCCAGCUGGACCGCAGCUCCCAUCCCAUGGUCCAGAAACUGGUGUGUCAACACAUCCUGGGAGGAAACGCAAAGUGUCUUAAGCAGCCCAUCCCAGAACCCACGGGCCGGACCUGUGUUCAGAUGGAAGGUUACUGGGUGUCACAGGGAGAGAUGGAGCCCGCUCUGGACCCCAGCUACAUCCUCACCAGCUCUGUCAGGCUCAACCUGCGUGACCUCGCCAGGGUGGUGUCCGCUGGGAGCCACCCGGUGCUCAUCCAGGGAGAGACGUCCGUGGGGAAGACCAGCCUGAUCAGGUGGAUGGCGGCUGCCACAGGAAACCAGUGUGUGAGGAUCAACAACCACGAGCACACGGACAUCCAGGAGUACAUCGGCUGCUACUCCUCCGACGGCAGGGGCAAGCUGGCCUUCAAAGAGGGUGUCCUGAUUGACGCCAUGAGGAAAGGCUACUGGAUCAUUCUAGAUGAGUUGAAUUUGGCUCCCACUGAUGUGUUGGAGGCUCUCAACAGACUGCUGGAUGACAACAGGGAGCUGUUUGUGGCAGAGACUCAGGAAGUGGUCAAAGCCCACCCGAGAUUCAUGUUGUUCGCUACCCAGAAUCCCCCUGGUCUCUACGGAGGCAGAAAGGUGCUGUCUAGGGCGUUCAGGAAUCGUUUUGUAGAACUUCACUUUGACGAGUUGCCCAGCGACGAACUAGAGACCAUCCUCCACCAGCGAUGCAGCCUGCCUCCGUCCUACUGCUCCAAGCUGGUCAAAGUCAUGCAGGAUCUCCAGUCUCUUCGCAGGGGAUCUACAGUGUUUGCUGGAAAACAUGGCUUCAUCACUCUAAGAGAUCUGUUCCGCUGGGCCGACCGGUAUCGUCUGGAAGAGCAGACCAAUGCCUCCCGUGAUUGGCUGCAGCAUUUGGCUGAUGACGGGUUCAUGUUGCUGGCUGGGCGUGUCAGGAAGCCAGAGGAGGUUGCGACCAUCCAGUCCAUCCUGGAGAAACACUUCAAGAGGGUCGUGAACUCUGACACCCUGUUCUCAGAACAGCAACUCACGACACAGUUUAGUCCGUUUGUGGACAGCAUUGCCGGCGUGCCUGAAGAGUUCCGCCACGUGGUGUGGACGCAGGGAAUGAGGAGACUGGCGGUGCUGGUGGGACGGGCCCUGCGUUUCGGGGAGUCGGUUCUGUUGGUUGGAGACACUGGGUGUGGGAAGACCACCAUAUGCCAGCUGUUUGCUGCACUCGCCGGACAGAAGUUCUUCUCCCUUAACUGUCACCUGCACAUGGAGACGUCGGACUUCCUGGGUGGUCUGCGUCCCGUCAGACACACUGGGACACACCAGGCAGAUGCUGAGGACGGCCGGUUGUUUGAGUGGCAUGACGGGCCCCUGGUCCAGGCCAUGAAGGAGGGAGGGGUAUUCCUUAUGGAUGAGAUCUCCCUGGCUGAUGACUCUGUGCUGGAGAGACUCAACAGUGUCCUAGAGACAGAGAAGUCUCUGGUGCUGGCAGAGAAAGGUAGUGGAGAUGAAGACGAAGUGGAGCUGAUCACAGCAGUGCAAAACUUCCGCUUGGUAGCCACCAUGAACCCUGGAGGAGACUUUGGCAAGAAGGAGCUCUCCCCUGCCCUGAGGAACAGGUUCACAGAGAUCUGGUGCCCCCAGACCAACAGCCGCAGUGACAUGGUGCAGAUCAUCCAGCACAACCUGAGGGCUGGGCUGUCAUUGGACGAUAACGACCACCAAGGGGGAGACAUUGCCGAGCUCAUGCUAGACUUCAUCGACUGGCUGACCAACCAGGACUUUGGGCGGCGCUGUGUCGUCAGCGUCCGGGACAUCCUGUCCUGGGUCAACUUCCUCAACCUGGUGUGCGAGCGUGACGCGGACGGCUUCAUGACCAUGGGGGACGAGGGCGAGGAGGAGGAGGCAGAGUGGGACCUCCGCCUGGACACGGUCACUGCCUUCAUUCACGCGGCGUGCCUGGUUUACGUGGACAGCAUUGGCUCAGGGACGACAGUGUCAGCCUCAGAGAACGCCCUGGUGGCACGACGGGCAUGUCUGAGCUUCCUUCAUACCAAGCUGAGGGAAAUCACCAAGCUGGACCAGGAGAUGCUGGACGCCCUGCGGGUCUACGACACCAGCCUGCCCAGGGAGCCACAGUGGGGGGGGGACUUCUUUGGCAUCGACCCGUUCUACAUCGCUUCAGGCCCAGAGGGUGAGAGCAGGAGCCUGACUGACUAUGCUUUAGCGGCGGGCACCACAGCGGUCAAUGCCCAGAGGCUCCUGAGGGCCCUGAAGCUGCAGAGACCCAUGCUGCUGGAGGGCUCGCCUGGCGUGGGCAAAACAAGCCUGGUGGCAGCCCUGGCUAAGGCCUCCGGGAAUCACCUCGUCAGGAUCAACCUCUCAGAGCAAACUGAUGUGACAGAUCUGUUUGGGACAGACUUGCCUGUGGAAGGAGGAAAGGGGGGAGAAUUUGCAUGGCGCGAUGGCCCUCUCCUGGCUGGACUGAAGGCUGGACACUGGAUUGUCCUGGAUGAGUUGAACCUAGCCUCUCAGUCUGUGCUGGAGGGGUUAAAUGCCUGCUUUGACCACCGUGCAGAGAUCUAUAUCCCAGAGCUGGGCCUGAGCUUCCAGGUGCAGCAUGAGAAGACCAAGAUCUUCGGCUGCCAAAAUCCUUUCACUCAAGGAGGUGGGCGCAAGGGCCUGCCCAAGUCCUUCCUCAACAGAUUCACUCAGGUGUUUGUGGAUCAAUUGACCAGUGAGGACAUGGAAUUUAUUGGUGACUCCAUCUUCCCCAACAUAGACAAUCAGAUCAUCUCCAAAAUGGUGCAGUUCAACAACCGGCUGGUCCACGAGGUGUCACUAGAGAGGAAGUGGGGUCAGAGAGGAGGCCCCUGGGAGUUCAACCUGCGAGACAUGUUCCGCUGGUGUCAGCUGAUGCAGACCGACCAAUCACCUGGGUUCUUCAACCCAGGUCAGCAUGUGGGAUUGGUGUACGCUGACAGGAUGAGGACGGAUGCGGACAAGGCACAGGUGCUGUCGGUAUUCAGGAAGGUGUUUGGAGAGGACUUCGAACCCUACACCGGAUCCAGGCAGUUCCACAUCACUCCACUCAAUCUGCAGGUGGGCUUCUCCGUGCUCCAGCGUAGCGGAGGUGCCCCCGUGGCCCUGGACCCCCCUCUGUCUGUACUACACCAGGCAUUGAGGCCCCUGGAGUCCCUGAUGAAGUGUGUCGAGAUGGGCUGGAUGGCGGUACUAGUGGGCCCCACGGCCAGCGGGAAGACCAGCCUGGUGCGCCUCUUGGCCCUGCUCACCGGACACCGCCUCCGGGUCAUGGCCAUGAACAGCGCUAUGGACACCACGGAGCUGCUGGGAGGCUUUGAACAGGUGGACAUUGUGCGGCCGUGGCAGCAGGUGCUGGAGAACGUGGACUACAACGUUGCCAUGGUGACGCGGCGGGGACUGAUGUCGCUGGACGGGGCGGGGGUCCAGGACACGGAGUUCCUGCUCAAGACCUGGAGCUUGUUCCGCCGUUGGCUGAAGGAGGAGGGCCUGGAGAGGACUGGCGGGACGGUGUCCUCCGAAGCCCUCAACAAACUGGAGGUCAUCAUCCUGCUGCUGCAGAAGCUCAACACCAAACUGAAGGUUUUCACAGACAUGUCCAAGCUUCAGGUGGACUUCACCCUGCUGAAAGAGCGUCUAGCCCAGCUGCAGGACGGCUGGAGUAACGGAGGCUUCGAGUGGCUGGACGGCAUGCUGGUUCAGGCCCUGCAGGCGGGGGAUUGGCUGCUCAUGGACAACGUCAACUUCUGCAGCCCCUCUGUGCUGGACCGCCUGAAUGCCCUCCUGGAGCCGGGCGGAUGUCUGACCAUCAACGAGCGCGGCGUCAUCGACGGGACCACCCCCUCCAUCACCCCACAUCCCAACUUCAGGCUGUUCCUGACUAUGGACCCAGUGCACGGAGAGAUCUCCAGGGCCAUGAGGAACCGCGGCGUGGAGAUCUACAUCCCAGGGGAGAACGAGGGGGUCAGUUGGGACCCUCUGGACCUGAAGACGGUGCUACACACCGCGGGGGUAAUCGGAGACUGCGUGUGCGACCUGCUCAUCGGAAUACACAACGACGUCAAAACGAGCCUCUGGGAUUCCCCUGCGUCUGGCGUCUCCUCUCUGCUCAAAGCGGCGGCCCUGCUUUCCUGCCAGCUGCAGAGAGGGGUGGACCUCCCCAGUGCCCUGCAGCACUCCUGUGGUGAGGUCUACUCCCUCUGCCAGCGCUCCGCCACCAGCCAACGGCAGGCACAGGAGGUGAUUGAACGCCACCUGUCUGUCCUGGAUACGGAGGACUGGGGAAGCGGGCUGCUGUGUGCCGGGGUUUGGCCAGACGGCUUCCCCUCGGCCCUGCUCUCCACCGAAGACUCCUGCUUCGCCACGGUCCUCCGCGACGGGCAGGUCCUCUCCUUCUGCCUCAAUACGCUCAGCAUGCAGGGAAAGAGGAGUCGUCCGCUGAGCCUGAGUGACCUCCAGAGGGCGCUGCAAAGCGGGUCAGCGCAACACGAGGGUGUGCUGUUCUCCGGCGGUGUGGUGGACCUGGAGGACGGGGACGCCCUGCGCCUCCUUCCCACCGCUGUUCGGCUGCUGACUGAAAGAGCCUCGCACUCCGACUGGCUCCUUCGCUCCACCUGGCUGUCCAGCCUGGCCAAAGCCUACAAACACGCCCCUGAGGUGGCGCUGGUGCAGCUGGAGGCGGGGAACCGAGCCCUGAAGGCCGUGUUUGGCAGCAAGCUGAUUGUGAAGGGGAAGUGUCUCACCGAGCUGCUGCAGCCGCACAGCACCGAUGACUACAGGAUCCUUGUGGACAUGCGUUGGAACAAGCAGUACCUGGACAUUCUGGCCAACACCUGUAACUUUGAGGACGAGGAGAGGUACAUGGAGUUCAUGGAUGCUCUCAACGCAGUGGCCAACAGGGUAAUACUGUUGAUGGACCGAGAGGAGCGGGCAGCUGUGGGGAGCUGUGCCAUCAAGACGUCCACACACAACAAUGCAUUGAGGCUGGCCACCGCUUUCUCCAAAGGGACGGUGGACAUCGGCCAUCUGCCCCACCCGGUGCUGAUGCACCUGCGCUCCUUCUUUGACCUGUGGGACUCCUUCACGCUGCAGGCUGUUCAGGCCGGACAGCCCUACAUAUCUGACCAUCUCAUGUUCGAGAUCUUGCAACUGCUCCAGUGGCGUGACCGGUUCUGGCAGGUGUGUAACUCCCUGCCGGCGGACUCCCAGGGCGUGUCGGUCCUCUCGUUGCACUGGCAGUGGGUGCAGAAACACCUGAUCCUCCGACUGCCCCAGAUGCUGCUGGGAGAGGGCACCCAUGAUGGUCACCAGGAGCUGCAGACGGUGUGCACUGCUAUCCAGACUGUCCUGUCCACCUCCAUCACUGUGGCAACUGCCCUGAAGGGCAUCCAGAAGACACUGGGCAAACCCCUUCCAUUCAAGCUGGAGUCUGUGGCUGAGUGUGCGUCCCAGCUGAGGGUUCUGAGUCGGGCCCUGGAUGUGGGUGAUGUGAAGCUGGACCCCACAUCCUCCCUGUGGAACUGGGAUCUGGUCCGUCUUCAAGGAGCCGCUCUGGGCCUGGACACCAAGGAAAGACUGCUAGAAGCCUGGGGCCUGGUCCUGCUUGCCAAUAACCAGCUGGAGCCCCAGAACUCGGGUGUCCUGGACAGGUUGGUGUCCUGCGUACAGCAGCAGCAGGGUCACAUGACCUCAUGCGGCCUCCUUGAGGCACGUUCCUCGUCCACACAUGACGGGGGCGAGCAGGGGGACUGCACCCCCCCCUGUCGGGAGAUGUUACAGCAACUCGGCCGUAGGGCCCAGCUCUGGCCUAUCAUGGAGGAACUGGCUGUCCUCAACCAGCUGCGGCUCAGCACUGACCUGCUGCUGCUAGCUCUGACACAGGGGGACCGUGAGUCAGAAGACCGCUUGCGUCGUGAGGUCUCCCAGCACCUUCGUUUCUGUCUUCAGUCCACCCCCAUGAACGUUAGCCAGCUCCAACCCCUCUGGUUUCUUCUCAGCAGUGAGCGGGGUCCUGGCAUGCUGAGCAAAGCUGUAUGGUCCAGGUGCAUGCUGGGGGUUCUCAGCAGCAGCGAGACAGCGGGCCAUUGGGAUCCUACGGGGUCAUCCCUCCUGUCCUCCUCCCGGGUCACCCUGGGGGAGUGGAGGGAGAGAACCCAGCAGCUCCAAGACGUCAGUGGCGUACUGUGGGACAACAUGGCGCUACCGGCCCUGGCUGACUUCAGGAGUACUGAUUUGAGGUUGCAGGGUGUGGUGCUACGCAGGCAGCUACAGUCCAUAACGGAGCUGCUUCCCCCGGGACUGCAGGAGGGCUACACCGAGACCUGUGAUAGCCUAGUGGACGACCUGGACCCUCUGGUGGCCGGCGCCAGGAGGUCCCAGACCGCCCUCAGGGGACUUCCUGCCUCCCGGUCUUCUCCCCGAAGGCCUGAUGGACGCCCUCGUCACCUGCCUGCAGCAGUUUGUCCAGAACCGGGUACAGGGCACCGUGCAAAUUCAGGGCUUCAGUGACUGGUCCGCUCCGGGGUCUUCUGGGUCAACAUGGGCUUGCUGCAGAUCAAGACAUGGACCCCGCAGACCAUCUUCGACCCAGCCGUGAAGAGAGCCUACAAGCUGGACUACGCCCAGGAGGAGCUGGCUUUGCUGCAGGAGGAGUGGAGAGCACGCAGUCUGUCUACCCAGCUGCUGACUGGAGCAGAACUGGAGGAGAGCAGCACCACGGAUGGCUUCCAGCACCCCCGCAUCAGGUACCUGUGGAUCCGCAUGCAGCAGGUGAAGGAGCAGAUAGCGGAGCUGUCCAGGAAGCAGGCGUGCCGGCCCAACGAGCCCCAGUACGGCAAGCUUUUCCAGGAGCUGCAGCACUACCUCUGCAGCAUCGGCCAGCCGGCCGCCAUACAGGACCUGCUCUCCCACCUGCUGAAGACCCUCCAGGGGAGCGGCCCCAAAUCCAGGUCAGGGACCCAGGGCCUGCUGAAGGAGGAGGCAGUGUGGCAAGCCUCGCAGCGCCGCUUUGCCCAGAGGCUGGCGGAGGAGUACCCACUGUACCCAGAUGUGGUGGGGCCCCUGAGGACGGCCAUUUUUCAACUCCGGCACGGCAUGAGACUGGUAGCUUCCCAGGUGGCCACCUCCCUCACCCAGGUCCCUAGCUUACCCAAGCUGGUGUCCUGCCUGCUGGCCUUCCCCUCGGUGUCCCCCGACCUGCCUUCUGACCUGGCCAGGGCUGACUACCUGUGCUCCAGGGGGUGCAUGGACGUUCUUCGGGGCCUUGGGAAGCUCCUGCCCCAGCAGGCCCCGGACCGUGUGGUCCCAGAGGCCGGGACGCUGCUCCUGACGGCCCUGCUGUUCCUGCAGUGCCACGCCCUGUCUACUGGCCAGCUGGACCGGGAUACGCUGAAACUCUUCAGACACAUCUGUCAGGCCCUGGUGAAUGAGUGGGACGAGCAGGAGAGGCGUGCUCGGGAGAAGGAGCAGCUAGAGGACAGUCUGUACCGUCACCGCAGCAGACUCCACGGGACGGGCCUGAGCGAGGAGGAGGAGGAGGAGAAAGACUUCAGACGCCGCUUCCCACGGUUCAACCAGGACUUUGCUGACAUCACAGCCCAGCCCAGUCUGGAGGGGCCGGCAGAUAGAGGAGAUCCUGAGGAGGAGGAGGAGGUGGCCGAGGAUCCCAGCCAGUCUGGUUUCCUGUCUCCAGCUUGUAUGAACACUGUGGUACAGGUCCACCAGCGCCUCUGUCUGGGCUACGCCCAAUCACUGUGGUACCAGACCUCCGCUCCGGCCAAUCACAGCAGAGAUCACGUCAGAGCUCUGGUCUCGUCCUAUCAGACCACAGCCCCUGUGAUGUCACGCUUCUAUCAUCUCAUGGACUCUGCAAUGGACCAGCAGCUGACCGGUACCCAGCUGCUCCUCAGCACCCUGCUCCAGAACACGGUCCAGGGGACACCUGGGCCCGAGGGCCUGACCCUGCAGCCAGACGGGCCCUACGACUUCUACCAGCAGCCCAACAUGAGUGAGGCCCGUCUGUGUCUGCCGGUUCUGGAGCAGCUGGGCCAGGCUGUCAGACAGAGGCUGGAGGAGUGGCCCGAGCACCCUGCCCUGGUCCAGUUGACUGUUGUCAUGGAGCGGAUCAUGGCCUUCAGUCUGGCUAGUCCGCUAGCUAAGUUCCUCAACGGCCUGGAGAUCCUGCUCAGCAAAGCCCAGGACUGGGAGAACAACGCCAGCCGAGCGGUCUCUCUGAGGAGGGAGCUGGAGUCCAUCACCAACCUCAUCAUCAAAUGGCGUAAACUGGAGCUGAACUGUUGGUCCAGCAGUCUGGACAAUGCCUUGAAGCGGCACACAGAGAGAUCCACCAAGCACUGGUUCUCCCUUUACCAGCUGGUGGAGAGAUACCUGGAAGAGCAGAGGACGGACCCCAGCACAGUAGAGGGUGACGUUGCGGAGAGUCUGUCCCUGUCCACGGUGUCCUCCACACUGCAGGCCUUCAUGGAGGGUUCCACCUUAGGGGAGUACCACACUCGCCUGGCCAUGCUGCUCAGCUUCCACUGCCACCUCCUCCUGGUCCCCAGCCAGCCCGGGAAAGAGCCUCUCUGCAGUCUCCUUUGGAAUUUGCACAUGUACUACGCGCAGUUCUCCGAAUGCAUCCAGACCAAGGUCGCCCAACUCCGGCAGCCCAUUGAGAAGGAGCUCAAGGACUUUGUGAAGAUCUCCAAGUGGAACGACGUCAGUUUCUGGUCCAUAAAACAGUCCGUGGACAAGACCCAUCGAACCCUGUUUAAGUUUGUGAAGAAGUUUGAGGCAGCGCUGAGCGGACCUUGUGCCCCGGCGUUGACGGAGCAGGGCAGCAGUGCCAACCUGGACAGUGUGGAUGCCAGCCAAGACAGCACCCCUCUGCACAGGGUUCACCGGGCCCUGAAGAAAGCCCUCCCUGGCGCAACCAGAGACCUGCAGAGUGAGCCCGUGGAGGAGGGCCUGCCGUGCGUGGACCCCUCGUCUCUACAGGGCCGCCUGCCCCUCCUCGCCAGGAAAAUGAAGAAGAUGUGUGUGACCUUGGUGAAAAAGAGCCCUCUGCCAGAGCUGUCUGAGGACCUGGAUGUCUUCACUGGGGAGGUCAUCAGCAACCUGAACAGCCUGCAGAACCUCACGGUUGACCGGAAUGCAGAGAAGGAGAAGCAGAAGUCAGAUGUCAAACACAUCCUGCAGCAGAAGCAGAGAGCCCUGUCUGAACUCUUCAAGAUGCUGGCUGGGAUCGGUCUGUCGUAUCGCAAGGGCCUGAACUGGAACAGGACGGCGGACCCUGAAGAGACCCUAUGCCUGCAGCCGCUGGCGCUGCAGACCGCCCUGGCUGCAGUCAGGACCCAGGAGCAGGCAGAGAACAGUUUGUUCACGGAGAUGAACUCCGCGUGGGACGGCUGUCAGAAGUACUUCUACCGCUCUUGGGCUCGCAGAACCGCCAUGAUGACUGCCUUCGGGAGCGCUGCCAAGGAACUGGGGAUCGGGAAUAUCGAACGUUGCCGAGGCUUCUCCUCCCACCUGUUCAAGCUGCUUCUCAGGCAGAGGAGACGGCUGACCAAGCUCACCGAGCAGUGGGUCCACCUCAGGAGGCUGGCAGCCAGCGUGCAGGGCAUUCAGACCCACCUCCAGGCCGACAGUGAGGACGCAGACGGCCUCCCCCCCCAGGCCUCUCUCCAGGGCUGGGUGAGCAAGGCCCAGGGCCUGGCCGUUCAGUGUGCCACCCUCCUCCAGCAGACGUCCUGGCUGCUGCAGUGCUGCCCCGAGGCCCCCCGGGAGACGGAGGCGGUGGGAGGGCAGAGGGACGCCGCCCUGAAGUGCACGUCCCCGCUGGCGGCUCAGAGGCAGCCCCCUGGGUGUCUACUGAGGAGGGGAGAACCGGCCUGGAGCCAGCUGAACCAGCGCGUGGCGGACAUGUUGGGUCAAACCCGGAAGCUGAAGGAAGAGCUGGACGCAGUGGCACUGCAGUCCUCGCAGGGGAUGCUGUACUCCUGGAGCCACUUCUCCGUGUGCUGUUCCGGCUACGACCGGCUGGGCGCCGUGGUGGCACAGAUGCCGGCGGUGGAGCUGCUGUUCACCCCCUCCUGCCCCGAGGCCACGACCGACACCCAGCCCGGGCUGACCCGAGGCCUGCGGUUUGUCAGAGGAGAGGUGGAGGCCAGCCUGACGGAGUUCACUGCCUGGAAGGCCCAGCUACUCUCCCUGGGUCACGGACACACAGGUUACCAGCACACCUUCCGCUCUGAGUUUUCUGCUGAGCUUGAGAAGGUCAUCAACACAGUGUUGGUAGCUGUGCAGACCUUGGUGAAGAGGAGGGAGGGGGCACAGCAGGCAGAACAGCAGACAGACACCAAGAGAGUUUCAGAAGGCGAGGAGGAGCCCCAGGAGGACCUUCUGAAGCCUGGUCAUCUGAGUCGUCUGCUGGAGGAAGAGUUAGGGGCCGAGGUGGCGUCUCUCUCUCUUGCGGAGGUCAACGACAUGCUGGAACAGCUACUAGAGAGGCUCCGAGUUCACCGCGACUCCUGUCCAACUCAGCAGCUCCAGGAGCUGGCUGAAGCAUGCCGGUUGACGGUGCGUCUGGAGCCCGUGCUGGGCCUGUACUCUGAGCUGGUGCGCUACUACCUGGCGGUGUCCAUGGGGGCCCACCGGAGUACUGGGAAGCUGCUCUCCGUCCUGGCCGGCAUAUUCACCGAGUUGGCCCAGAAGGGCUUCUGUCUACCUCAGGAGCUGAUGGAGGGUGGAGAAGGAGAGGGGGCCACGGAGUUCCACGACUACGAGGGUGGUGGCAUCGGGGAGGGAGAGGGCACCAAAGAUGUCAGCGACAAGAUCGAAAACGAAGAGCAGGUCGAAGACACGUUCCAGGAAGGCCAGGAGAAGAAGGAGGAGGAGCCUGACAAGAAGAACAUUGAGGAGGAGGACAAUGCCAUUGAGAUGUCGGAGGACUUUGAAGGACAGAUGCAUGAUGGAGACCAGCGAGAGCCAGGUGAGGAUGACGAGGAGGAGUCGGACAAAGAGGAGGAAGAUCUGGAUAAGAAGAUGGGUGACUUGGGCGAGGGCCAGACGGACACGCUGGAUGAGAGGAUGUGGGGUGACGAUGACGAGGAUGAAGACGAGGAUGAUGGCAGCGACAAGGAGGAGGAGUCAGGCCAAGGAAUGGACCAGGGAGAAUCUGAACUGGUUGCCAAGGACGAUAACCUGGAUGCUGCAGACCCAGACAAAGACAAGAAGAACCAAGAUGACAAAGAGCAACAGUUGGAUGAGGACAACAAGGAAAUCAACGAACAGGGGGACGAGAGGGAGUUUGAUGAGAACGAAGUGGACCCAUACCACAGCAAGCAGGAGAAGAAGCCAGACACAGAGGCCAUGGACCUGCCUGAUGACCUCAAUCUGGACCAGGAUGAGGAGCAGGCUGGGGAUGAGGGAGACGAGGAAAACCCGUUUGAUCUUGAUGAGAAGCCCAUGGAGGUGGAUGAGAAAGAGGGGGAGGAGGUGAAAGAGGGGGAGGAGGAGAAAGAGGGGGAGGAGGAGAAAGAGGGAGAAGAGGGCGGAGUGGAGAUGGCGGAGGAUCAGACAGACAAACAAGGUGAGGAGGAAGGCCAAGAACCCAAGACUGAGGAGGAAGAGGGAGACGGAGAACAAUCCGAUGAAGACAAAGAGGCAGCAGAGAAAGAGGAGGAGGAGCAGGAGAAAGGACAGGAGGCAGGAAAAGAGGUGGACAUGACCAUCCCUUCUGACGAAGGCCAGAAACCAAAGGAGGAGGAGCCGGGUCAAGAUGAGGAGCAGCCAGAGUCUGCUGAAAGGAAAGAGCACAACACCGAUGGACAGACCGGGGAGGAGAACGUCCAGAGUGAGACAGCGGUGGAGCUGGCAGGGGAGGCCUCCGAGAGGGACCAAGCUAAAGAGGAGCAUGGUUGUGGAGCAGCUGAUGCCAGCCAGUCAGAAGGUCAUGAGUCCAAGCUCACGGCCAGGAUGUCCUCUCAGAAACAGAGCCAGAGCAAGACACAGAGCUUCAAGAGGAAGCCGGGAAAGGCGGACAACGAGCGCUCCACCGGCGAUUACAACGAACGCAUCAACAAGCGGCUGCGCACGGUUGAGAGCAGCGCCGAGAGGUCAAAGGACAACGGCCAGACUGAGGCCCAGCAGGAGUCCGACCUGUAUGAGCACAUCAAACAGGGAGAGACGGCCUACGACAAGCAGACGUACGAUGUUGCCAGUGCUGACCAGCAAAAGCCAGUCGGAGCCCAACAAGAUGAAGAACCAGAGGACGAGGACAUUGCCAUGGAUACGGAGGAGCAGGCGGAAGACCUACAGGCUGUUGAGGCCCAGGAGUUGAAGCCAGAGCAGCUUGACGCAACCAGAACGUCACAGAAAGGUCUGGAUGGUGGGGAGCUGGAGGCUCAGAGGCAACGUGAGGAGGAUGAGGAGGGGCCAAAGGACGCACAGGAUCACAGCGAAGAGGAGCGUCCAGAGAGGAGCAGGGAGUCCACCGUCCACACUGUCCCAGAGCUGCUGAUGGACACACUGCAGAACCCUAUCCGCGACCCUGAGGAGCUGAGGAGAGAGAUGGAGAAGCAGCUGGAGGCCUGGCAGAAACAGGCUCCCGGAGACCGGGAGGAGGAGAGCGCAGCAGCAGCCAUGUGGCACCAGUACCAGACGCUGACCUCUGCCCUGUCCCAGCAGCUGUGUGAGCAGCUCCGCCUCAUCCUGGAGCCCACGCAGGCCGCCAAACUCAAAGGCGACUACCGCACGGGGAAGCGUCUGAACAUGCGCAAGGUCAUCCCUUACAUCGCCAGUCAGUUCCGUAAAGACAAGAUCUGGUUGAGGAGAACCAAGCCCAGCAAAAGGGAGUACCAGAUCUGUCUGGCCAUGGAUGACUCCUCCAGCAUGGUGGACAACCACUCCAAACAGCUGGCCUUCGAAUCCCUGUCUGUGAUUGUCAACGCUCUCACUCUCCUGGAGGUCGGCCAGGUGUCCGUGUGCAGCUUCGGAGAGACCGUGCAGCUGCUCCACCCGUUCCAGCAGCAGUUCAACGACCAAUCAGGUGCCAGGAUUCUGAGGCUCUGUCAGUUCCAGCAGAAGAAGACCAGGAUAGCCCAGUUCCUGGAGACAUCAGCCAACAUGUUUGUAUCAGCAAAGCAACACAGCCCCGGAUCCAUGAACACAGAGACGGCCCAGCUGCUGCUCAUCGUGUCGGACGGCCGGGGACUCUUCCUGGAGGGGAAGGAGCGGGUGACGGCGGCCGUGCAGGCGGCUCGCAGCGCCAACGUGUUUGUCAUUUUCGUAGUCCUUGACAACCCCAACUCCAGGGACUCCAUCCUGGACAUCAAGGUGCCCAUCUUCAAAGGUCCAGGAGAGAUGCCCGAGAUCCGCACCUACAUGGACGAGUUUCCGUUCCCCUUCUACGUGAUCCUGCGUGACGUCAACGCCUUGCCAGAGACUCUGAGUGACGCGCUGAGGCAGUGGUUCGAACUCGUCACGGCGACUGACCACUAGGCCCGUGAGAGAGAGCCGUGUCAGAGGGCAGCAACCCAACCACACAACGGCCCCUCCCCCGCCUCUCAACGACACAGACUUUACAACACGACUCACAAAGACAGACUUGCUGCUGUAUAUGUGCCUUUUUUCUUAUUUUUACUCUAAUUUUAGUAGAGCGUAGGGUUUGAUAGCAACCUCCACUGUUUAGUCCUUGUCUUUGGGCCGGGGGGGGGGUCGUAUUGUAAUAACUAUUGCUUUAACUUGCACGUCUAUAACAAAUGAUGGAAAAUGCUACAAAAUGUGAUUCCCUUCCAUGUAAACAACCUCAUUGAAGAGAUACCUCUUUCACCCAUGUACUAUAACGUCCUCCACGUCAUAUUGAUGUUUUCAGUGUUAGAUGGUCUUUGAGUCUUUCUGUUUCAUGAACUGACAAUAUGGAGCUGACAGUGUUGUGAUUAAGUUGUUUUUGUGCAACUUAAAAAAAAAAAAAAAAAAAGAAGCAUCCCCUUGGCUAUAUGACAAAAGAAAAGCAUGCUGAUAUGGUCUUAAUCCAUUAAAUAGUAAUUCCAGAAUUGUGCCUUGAAGAAAUGGUCUUGCAUCUCAUGCACAUGCAUUACAAAAAGAUAUUCAUUGUUUAAUUCAAAAUUAUGACUCUGUCCAGAUGUCAUUUUAAAGCCUUGAGUUCUCUCAAAUGUCAAGGUUUUUUUCUAAAAAAAAGUUGGUUCCUAUGCACUUUGAAGCACAAGGACUACUAAUAGCAAUGUUGAUGCUCCAACCAAUGCCAUUUCUAUGGUCUAAGAGAUGAAUCGACUACACUGGUUUUACAUCUUUACUGUAGAUGAGGUUUAUUCACUGGCAUUGGGACACUUAAGAAAUCCAAAUUCCAUGGCCAUUAGGAUUACAGUUGAUUGUGUAAUGAAAUAUUUAUCACCAAGGUGUUUUGUAAUGUGGGUAUAACUACAAGCAACUAUUCAUAGUGGUUCUUCCUACCAUCUAUCAAAUGACAUGGCACAUUGUAUGAUAAUAAACUUUUUAAACUGUGA